AUGGCCGACGCGAGCGACAAGCCGACGCUGGCGGAACCGAAGGAGAAGGUGACCAAGCCCAAGGCCGAGGUCACUGCCACCACUACUACCACCAACAAUACCACGAAUGUCCUGGCGCUGCUUGUGCCCCAGCAACCGCAGACGCUCUCGUCGAAGGACAAGACGACCCAGCGGCUCAUCGUCGUGUUGUCCCAGGCGUGUCUCGAGACCCACAAGAUGAACACCGGCCCUGGCGGCGGGGACAAGUUUGCUUUGCUCAAUUGCGACGACCACCAGGGGCUCUUGCGCAAGAUGGGCCGAGACAUCGCCGAGGCGAGACCCGAUAUCACCCACCAGUGCCUUUUAACCCUUUUGGAUCUGCCGAUUAACAAAGCCGGUAAGCUCCAGGUGUACAUCCAGACGGCUCGGGGGGUGCUUAUCGAGGUGAACCCGCUGGUGAGAAUCCCGCGUACGUUCAAGCGGUUCUCGGGGUUGAUGGUGCAAUUACUCCACAAAUUGCUGAUCCGUUCCGUCAACAGUGAGGAGAAGUUGCUUAAGGUGAUUAAAAACCCCAUCUCGGACCACUUGCCCACCAAGUGCCGCAAAGUGACCCUUUCGUUCGAUGCCCCCGUGAAACGGGUCCAGGACUACGUGCUGACGUUGGCCGACGACGAGAGCAUCUGUGUGUUUGUCGGGGCGAUGGCCAGAGGGAAGGAUAACUUUGCCGACGAGUUUGUCGACGAGAAGAUCGGGCUCAGCGACUACCCGUUGCUGGCGUCGGUGGCGUGUCUGAAGUUCUGCCACGGGUGCGAGGACGUGUGGGGCAUCUACUAA